CCAGAGUGCCUUGCGAUAAAGAGGGCCCUGCAGUAGGAGAAACUACAUUUCCCAGAAGACGGUCCUACUGAGCGGCUGAACCUAUGGUGUGGUGAAUUGUUGCGGGCCUGAACGGCGUGAAGGACCUCUGGGCAUGGCUUUCUUAGUCGGAUCUUUGUUUCAUCCUGCCGGCAGGUCAGCGGCGCUGUGUGGUGGCAGGUGGCUCCAACUCCAUGUCUGGAAGGGACUUCCAGACGCUUGGGGUCUUCCUUUCCUGCAGCCGGCUCGUGGCAGGACGCGUGGGAACGAGUAUCAGCCGAGCAACAUCAAACGCAAGCACAAGCACGGCUGGAUCCGGCGCCUUAGCACACCUAGGGGUGUCCAGGUCAUCCUUCGCCGCAUGUACAAGGGCCGCCAGUCCCUGAGCCAUUGAGGAACGUGACGGUGCUGAUGUGACCCCUGUAAAAGCAUAUCUUCGCCUCGGACUACACCGAGUUUCAUCUGUGCAAGAAAAUACGACCCAGGCGCGGUACUAUGACUUUUUACAGCUUUGGGUUAUGAAGAAUUUUGAAAGUACACAAAAGGCCACGGCCCCCAUUAUCCUGCCCCUCCCUCACCAUAACUGUUCUGGGAAUAUUUCACUUCCUUCCAAGACAAGUGUUUUUAAGAUGUAUUCACUAAGUUUAGGGUACCAUCACACACCAUUAUCAAUAAUGUCUAAGUAUCAUUAAAUGUCUAGUAAAUGUUCAACUUAUACCACUUGCAUUGUGUCAUAACCUAGAAAUCUGGAAGAUUAGUAGGAAGGUGAGGAGUUUCAGGUCCUCUAGGGAGGACCUAGGUAACCUUAGACAAAGUCUUAUCCCUGAGGUUCGCUCACUCGCAACAAAGUGCUCAUUUCUCCUUUGCUCCAUUGUUAUUGCUGGAAUAAUAAAUAAUGCCUGCAAGAAA